AUGGCGCCUAUCACAGAACUAGGCCAGUGCCGAGGGGAGCUCCAAGCUAUAGUACUGAUGUUGAGAGGACUACAAAGCUUCUCAAAUGUAUCUGGACUUACUACAAAUGCUGCAAAAUCUAAUAUCUUCAGUGCAAAUAUGGAUGAACAAUGCUUGCAAGACUUAUGUGAGUUGACAGGAUACAAAAGGGGAUCCCUACCUUUCAGAUAUCUUGGGGUACCCAUAUCACCAAAGAAACUUGCAGCACUGGGUUGUGAAAUCUUAGUGGAUAAGAUGACAAUGAAGAUUAAAAGCUGGGGGACAAGAAACUUAUCAUAUGCAGGGAGAGUUAUACCGGGAGGUUUAGGGGUAUAUGAUACUGCUGCCUGGAAUGAAGCAGUUAUAGCAAAGUAUGUCUGGAACAUAGCAGCCAAAACAGAUAAUAUGUGGGUCAGAUGGGUAAACCAUAUUUACUUAAAAGGGAGAGACUGGUGGCAGUACAAACCUCCUAUAGAUUGUAGCUGGUACUGGAGGAAAAUUUAUACAAUAAGAGAUAAGUUUGCUGAUGGAUACACACAGAAUCACUGGCUAACUACUAGUGGAGUUUAUACGCUAAGUGGUGGCUAUAGCUGGAAGAAAGGGGCUAUGGAGGACUGGCCUUGGCGAGGGUGGGUAUGGAAUAAGAUGAACAUGCCUAAACACAGCCUAAUCUGUUGGUUAGUAGCACAUAGCAAACUCUUGAUGAAAGAUAGACUGAAACAUAUGGGAAUUAGCAAAGACAGCUUAUGUGAGAUAUGUGGAGCUGCGGAAGAAACAGUUGCUCAUUUGUUCUUUGAAUGUCCACUUGCGAGGAGGUGCAUGGAAGACACUAUGAGAUGGUUAACAUAG